UUCUUAUAUUACAUUUAGGUGCUCAUUUACAGUAAUUGUUAUCUCAUUAGUCAAAGCCAAAUUAUAUUCGAAUGUGCAUUUUAUUGUGCAAAUACUCAGUUAAAAUUGACGAGAGAAUGGAUAUUUAAAAAUUUCAUCGCACUGGUUUAAGCCGAGACUAUGGAACCAACUCUUAUCAGUCGCGCUUCCACUCUCUUUCUUGUCGGCCCAUAAGUAAAAACGCUCGUAAUUAACAAUCAAAGUGCGUCCUUUCAAAGUUGGUCAAUUUUACACAGAAUAAGAAAACUGGGUUUUCUUGUGACAAUUGAAAUUUUGUUUUCGUCUCGAAUUGUAUUUUUGCAAGUGAUUUAAGAUUUUUGAAAGUAGAAUUUUAUUUUCGACGAUCAAUCAUGCAAAAUGGUACUGCCCGAGAUGAACCACGGAAAGAACCUGAACAUGUUGAUAUUGUUCAAAAAUCAAUCGGGGUUCUAGGCAAAUGGCAUAUUUGGGUGUGUUUAGCCAUAUUUUUGGUGAAAUUUCCCGUAGCGUGGCAUCAGCUCAGCAUAGUAUUCGUAGCUCCAAGAACGGAGUUUUAUUGCGUUGAUCCUAACUUGGACAAAUGUGCUCGCAAUUGUAGUGCCCACGUUUUUAAUAGGUCCGUAUUCAGUGAAACAAUCCUAUCAGAAUGGGACCUAGUUUGCGAGAAAGAAUAUUUGGCGGAUUUGGCCCAAACAGUCACAAUGCUCGGAAUUCUUUUCGGAAACAUGGUAUUUGGAUACUUAUCAGAUAAGUUUGGCCGGAAAUUGCCAUUAGUUGGUGCCGUUAUUUUACAAGCAGUUUCAGGAACUAUAGCGGCAUUUUCCCCAUGGUUUUCGCUGUUUCUCAUCAUGAGAUUUUUCGCUGCUUUAGCGACUGGAGGAACAAUGGUAACCAGCUUUGUACUCAUCAUGGAACUUAUUGGUACCGAGUGGAGAACAGUAGUCGGUAUAUUGUACCAAAUUCCCUUUAACUUGGGCCAUAUCCUCCUACCAGUAAUAUCUUACUUCUUAAGAGAUUGGAGAUACUUUCAAGCCGCCAUAUCGUUACCUUCUCUUGCUUUAAUAUUUUAUUAUUGGGUAAUGCCUGAAAGUCCUCGAUGGUUACUAGCAGGUGGCAAAAGAGAGGAAGCUAUAAAAGUGCUGGAAAAGGCGGCAAAAUCUAACAACCUACCAACAAAGAACAUAAAAAAUGACGUUCUAGAAUAUCUAACUAACAAAGUAGAGGAUGAACAACUGGAAAGUCGAAAAGGAAAUAUUCUGGAUCUAGUACGAACGCCCAUUAUGAGAAUGUACACAAUUGCCAUCUGCUUCAAUUGGCUUGUAUGUGGAUUGUGCUUUUUUGGCGUUUCACAAUUUAUUGGCCAUUUAGGAGGAAAUAUUUUUUUGAACGUCGCUUUAUCAGCAGUAAUUCAAAUACCCAGCACACUAUUUGCUUGUUGGGCGACCAAAGCAUGGGGUAGAAGGAAAACUUUAAUUUCUGCCAAUAUACUUUCUGGAGUUUUCCUCAUUUUAAUUGGGGUUUCUCCUUCGGAACCAACGUGGAUAAAAUCUAUAUUAAGUACAACAGCAAUGUUUGGACUCUCAUUGUCUUUUCCAACAGUAUAUAUUUAUUCGGGGGAAUUAUUUCCCACAAUGGUUCGAAAUAUUGGCGUUGGAACAUCCUCGAUGUGUGCCCGAUUCGGUUCAAUGGCAGCCCCAUUUGUUGCCUCACUUGUUACAGUGGAACCAUGGAUUCCACCAAUUAUCUUCGGAGUGGCUCCGCUAAUUGGUGCCAUGCUUUGUUUGAAGCUUCCCGAAACUUUGGACUGUAAAUUGCCCGACACGAUCGAAGAAGCUGAAAUGUUUGAGAUUCGAUCCAGAGAGGAAAAGUCUGCGCUUAGAGGACAUUCAACAGAGAUGAGUUGAAACACAGAGUGUUAUACCUAUGUAGUAAGUGUCCGAAUUAUGAUAUGUGGAGCUUUUCUGAUGUUUGUUGCAUUUUUUCGGUAUGUACGUAUUCGUAUGGACAAACAUUCCAUAAAAGCUAUUAUAUCGAAAGCGAUUGUGGACAUUCUAUGAAAUGUCUAAAUAAUUAUGUGUUGUUAAAAUAAAAUAUUGCUUAAAUUUUCUAUUAGA